UCUCCCGUUCUUCUCCGCAAGCCGUGGCCACGCUCGCGUCCGCACCGCCGGCCCGUGGUCCUGUUCGUGCCACCGCCGCCCAGCCAUACCCGCCCGUCUGCGCCUUGGCCAACUCCACCGCGCCCCCGGCCCCUUGGCGCUUCGCCGCCCCCUUAGCCCGGUGGCAGCUCCGUCUUCGGUCCGCCGGGCCCCCGGCCGUGUCUCCGCUCGCCCCAGGCCGGCCAUCUCCCUUCUCGCCGCAACGGCAAGGGAGAAGGCGGCGUCCUUUGCCUCCUCUCACUCCUGUAGCGCGAGUCAAUAAGAACUUGUGCCGCCGGUGAGGGGUGGCAGUCCCGCGGAGGACGCGGGGCGCCCCGCCAUGCGCGCCCCGCGCGCUGCCGGCGGCUUCAACUCGCCGUGGACGAUCACCAUCCGCGCGGCGGCAGACCAAGGCCGGCCCCUCCGCGCCAUCGCUCUGUACCUCGCGUCCCUGCGCUCGUCCUGCCGCCCCUGCCCCUUCGCCCUCGCCGCCGUCCUCAAGUCAGUGCCCCGCCUCCCCGAGCACGACGCUCUCCCCGCGGCGGCCUCCCUCCACGGGCACCUCCUCCGCCUCGGCCUCCUCUCCCAUCCCUACCCGCACGCCGCGCUCUCUCACCUCUACUCCCGCCUCCUGCCCCCGCACCACGACCACGCCCGCGGCCUGCUCGAUGACGCGCCCGCGGCGCUGCACAGCCACUCCCGCCUCGUCUCGUCCAACUCGCUCCUCGCUUCCCUCCUACGCGCGGGCGAUAUCACCGCCGCGCGCGCCAUGUUCGAGGCAAUGCCCGAGCGGGACGUUGUGUCGUGGAACUCCAUGGUCGCCGGACUCGCCAAGGCCGGCCACCUCGACGAGGCCAUCGAACUGUUCGACCAAAUGCCCGAGACGAACGCCGCGUCCUGGAACGCCCUCGUGUCCGGGUUCAUGGCACAAGGCCACUUAGCCCAAGCGCAGGAGCUGUUUGAGCGGAUGCCCAUCAGGAACAAUGUUUCCUGGAUCACGAUGAUCUCAGGGUAUGCCAAGGCAGGUGACGUCCAAGCUGCUGCUAACCUGUUUGAUAGGAUGGAUAGUAAGGACCUUUAUGCAUGGAAUGCGAUGAUCUCAUGCUAUGCACAGAAUGGCUGCGCAAGAGAGGCACUUGGCAUCUUUAACAGGAUGUUGAAGCCCCAUAUUUGGGUGGCACCCAAUGAGAAGACUUUCUCCUCUGUCAUCUCGGCAUGUUCACAGCUGGGGGACUUGAGGUUCGGCUUGUGGGUUGAGAGUUUCAUGGGGUAUGUGGGGGUUCAUCUGGAUGAUCACCUGCGUACAGCUCUGAUUGAUUUGUACACCAAGAGUGGGCAAAUGGAUAGGGCUUUUGAUUUGUUCAGAGGCUUGAGAUCAAGGGAUGUGGUGUCUUACAGCGCGAUGAUUGUGGGCUGUGGAAUGCAUGGCAAGUUAAAUGAAGCUAUUUCCUUGUUCAAGGAGAUGUCCAAAGCGAGGAUUGAUCCUAAUGCAGUGACCUUUGUGGGGUUGUUGUCUGCAUACAGUCAUGCAGGACUAUUGGAAGAAGCUCGUGCUUGCUUCACUUCCAUGUCAAGCAAAUAUAAGAUUAAUCCUUCAAUGGAACACUACACUAUUAUGGUAGACAUUCUUGGGCGCUGUGGAAAGUUGGAAGAAGCAUUCCAGCUGAUCAUGCAGAUACCUGUAUGCCCACAUGCCAGUGUUUGGGGUGCCUUGCUUCUUGCUUGCAGGUUGCACAACAACAUUGAGCUUGGGGAGGUUGCUGCUUCCAAGUGCUUUGAACUGGAGCCAAAAGAGAGUGGAUAUUACAUUCUCUUGGGUAACAUAUAUGCACAAGCAAAGAAGUGGGACAAGGUUAAGGGUUUAAGGAAGAUGAUGGCAGAAAGGGGUUUGAGUAAGACGCCUGGGAGUAGCUGGGUGCAUGUUGCAUAAAUUGAUUAUAUUGAUCUUACUCAUUUUAUCAUUUGGGUCAGUUAGUUGACAAAUCAACAUGCAACUCAGAUUUUAGGCACUAAAUUUGGGAAGAUGAGGAGUCAAUAGAAACAGCUGUUUAGUUGCCAUCGUCCUGGAAUCCCCAUUCCUCAUGUUUCCUGACUUCACUACGUGGGUUCAGAACCCAUUGGAAUCGGUUGUUCUUGUGGUCCUUCUUGGGAACUUUAGGGCAUGUUCUUCAAUCCAAAUCACAUCUGAUCUUCAUUAUGUGUAGAAGAUAGGAGGAUAAUGGAGGUUUAGAUGCAAGAAUAUAAGAAAAGAGAAUUCUUAACCAGCAUGAACAUGCGAGGUUAUCUAAUGCAUAUUUUGAUGAGAGCAGUGUUGAAGAUGUUAUGUUAAAUUGGGGAGACUAUGAGCUAUAUCUUAUGUUCUCUAGAUGAUACGGAUGCUCCAUGAAGAUGUACAUAUCCAUACUUGCUACCUGGAAAAGUUCAAGCAUUCAUCAGGAAACUCAUAAUUUGUCUGUUGCCAACUCCACCACCUUUUAUUCAAGUAUAUCUGUACAUACACUUUGCAAUUUCUACUAGUAAUUCAGAAACUUGGGGAAAGAUAUGUUGUUCUUGUGUGUUACAUGCAAGGGGAGUGGUUGAUGGUGGGUUAAAAUUCAUGGGCACAGGAGAUGCUAAUAAACUGAAUAUGGACACUAACAGGCGCCAACAAAUCCAACAGAAAUUUCAACAUUAAGCUAGGAUCUGCCCAUCUUUGUAGUUUUUUCGUUCAAUGAUGCGAUUACUUUGUUCUUUUUCUCUUGUUGGUUCUGUACAACCACCAGGGGGUCUAUGCAAUAGUCUCUUAACUUAUCCACUGGUAGUAAUCGUUCAUCAAACACUUUCAUGUUUGUA